AUGCUGUUUCCUCUGGAAGAACAAAUCCGUCCUCGAGCUACCCAGAUUAAUAAUUUUCGGGCAUCCAUCGCGAUCCUUCUCCAGACGCGUACACUCGAAGCAAUAAAAGGCGUCGCUGAUCCCUUCGCCUCCGCACACAAUGCAUUUAUUCUGGUAGUUGCCGAACGAGCACUCAUCGCAGAUACGCACAAGCGUUGUGGGCCGCACGUAGGAAUCGCAGACGGGACAUUUACCGUCGCAUUUGUCACAGAGACGGCCGAUGGCGAUGCCGGUUUGUUUGCGACACAUUACGAGAUCGGGGUGGUGGCGGGACAUGAUGACGGUUGUGGUAGUGGUUGUGGUUGUGGAACAAUUUCAUCAGCCGUUGCGCUUCCUGAGCCGGAAGAAAGGCCGGAUGACAGAUUAAAGCGUCUCCAGUCCCUAUCUGAAGACAAUGAGAACAAACGGCGCCGGCUGGGUGAUGAGACCCGACUUCCCGACUCCAAGGAAAACGAACCGUCUCCGUCCGCGGUUACUGCACCUAAGCCCGUCGGGAACACCGCGGAUGGAAGGGAUUACCGGCGAAAGAGUGGCGCGGCAGAAGAACGCAAGCGUGGUCAAAGAUUAUUUGGCGCCCUGCUGGGUACACUCUCACAGAGCUCAUCUACAGCAGCACAGAAACGACGGGCGGAUAUCGAGCAAAAGCAGCUGGCAAAGCUCCGUAUGCAGGAGGCAGAGUACACGGAACUGACGCGAAAGAAACAAGAGGACUUAUUGGCGGUGCGGAGGAAGGAACAGAGGAUUUAUGAGAGACAGUCGAUGCGUGUCCGACACUCGAACCAGCUAGCUGUGGCACAUUUCCUCAAAACAACAGCUGAACCUUUCCUGUACUACAAACCAUGGCAACUCCGACCGGAGGAAGAAGAUAGAAUUAAACAACAAAUUGACGAUUGUAAAGCUACAAUCGCAAAAGAGGUCGAGGAAUUUGAAGCGAAAAAUCCACCAUCGCCUCGUCCUACCCCACACCAACCUGACACUCUAUUUGCUGCUGCAGGUGAAACACGCACAACCGUUGCCCCAAGAAAUAAUAAUAUUAUAUCUGAUGAUAAGGAGCCAAAGGACGCAGUGCAAUUGAAAUCCGAUACGGUGGGUGAUGACACUAACAAUAAUAACAACCGCACUGAAGCUGAAUCCGAACCCCAAAUAUGCUCCCCUGCUGCUCCUGCUACUACUAAUGAACCCUCUACGUCUUUUACUACUAAAAGCCACAACGACAACCCAUCCGCAACUAGCGUUAACCACCACCAAAAAGCACACGAUGAUGAUUCUGGAGAAGUCAUGCUCGAAGAUAAGGAGGAUACUGUCAUAUAUUAA